GAACAACCAAGUUCCGAAAACUUCUUGAGAUAUUAUUAACGAUAGAAAUUAUAUUUUCUGCAUUCAAAUAGUGCCUCAUAUUAUACAGCAUCCCACAUACUUAAAGAUGCGUUUCUUUAUUCUUUUACUAAUUUUUGCUAUCGCAACCUCAGGCCUAAAUGUUUCUGAAGGAAAACGUCGCAUUAAACGUGGUAGUUCCGAUUCGCUGGCUAACAACACCAAGCUUUCUCAUGAUUUUGUACAGCUUCGCAAUGAUAUGACCAAGAAUAUUGCACCGCAGGAAGCGGAUUCUGGUGCCACCAACACCAAAAAGGAAACCAAGGACGUGAUUAGCACUGAUAAGGCAGUAGAUCCUAUUGCUACUAUUGAAUCCCCAAUUGAUUCCGUCACUAAUAUAAAUGAAAAUGACGCUUCCUCUUUAUCAUGUUUUAAUGGUCAACAAGAUGACUUGCAAACACUUACAGAAGAGCAUGACACCAAUUCCGUAGACACUAAAACUUCCAAUACUGCUUCCGUAAAACAACGCAAUAGCGGUAAUCCGGCCUACAACAAUAAUGCAGUUCCGAAGAAUCCAUUCAAUGAUUUUGCAAACAAAGGUUUUAUCGAUAACAAAAAUAACAAUAGACGUGCAUCUGCCAGUAUCAUUGUUAUCAAUAGGAAAACUGCUGCUAUACCAGAAACUCCACGUGCAUUUCGUAAGCCAGCCGAAAUACGUAUACCCCACCCGAAUCUAGUCAAAAUUACCGAAACUUCAAUGCAAAAUCAUCAAGACGCCAAGAAACCCGAAGGUGUUAAUACUGAUGAGGAAAAAAUUAACACGGAUACUGUGGACAAAACUGGUAACAAUGAUGCUGAUAAUGAUUUUGACCGUUUGGUCUUGGGCAAAGGUUCGUUAAACAAGCAACAAGUACCAGCGCAAGCUUUUCUACAACAGCAACCAGUGGUUCACGGUGGUAAUAAUUUGACACCAGUUGAUAGUGUAGUUAAGCUAGCUAAUCUAUUUUUGUCUAAGAUGGGCGUGGAUAACGUGCCGUUACAAACUCAGGGUGCACAAUUCUCCUUUAGCCCCAUUAAUGCUAAUACUAUGGAACAAAAUGAUUUGAAUGACUUUAUCUAUCGUGCCGUGGAUCCAGGAUUUAAUGUUCGCUCAGGCAGUUUCAUUCUACCUUCAGCAGGUAUACCAGCCACUGGACAAAUACAAACGGCUGUAGCAUAUGCGCCACCAUUUUUAAUGCCACCACCUUACAAUGCAAUGAUGGGAAAUGAACCAUUGAAACCAUUUAAUAUGCUGGAGAAUGCUUUGGACUCGUUUUUAAAUACUCCUUCCGAAGAAGAAAAUAAUGAUGAUGAAUUUGAGUUACGUUGUCCAGUGCAUAUUGAACGCAAAAGCUUGGGCGAUGGCACAUGUGGCACAGAAGACGCUGAUCCCAAAAAUAAUGUCAUACAAGUGUGUGCCUGCCGUUUUGUUAAGAAGAAGAAGAAUAACUGAUUUAAAACUUCUGCACGGACUGAGGUUAAGAUAUGCGUUCCAAAACUUUAGAUUGCGGUAAUUAUAUUUUUAUAAAUUAAAUAUUUUAUUGAAUUUACAUACAUUU